UGUAAAAAAUUUGCCUGUCAUUUUUUUUGUGUCUGCGUCACUGCGUGAUCCUUCCAGGUCCUUCUUGUCAUCGUUGACAGUCGGACAGUGUUGAACUGGUUGCACAUGUUAUUCCGUUUUAGUGCGAUACAAUGGCCACACAACGUGCACUUCCUCAGAGUAAAGAGGCGUUAUUGAAAUCAUACACGACGAGGUUAAAGGACGACGUGAAGUCCAUGCUGGAAAAUUUCGAAGAGAUAAUUAAACUCGCAAAAGGAGAAAAUGACUCUCAACUAUCUCGAAUGACACAAUGCGAGCAAGAUACAUAUGAAAUGCAUGUCAGAGCAGCUAAUAUUGUGCGUGCUGGCGAAUCAUUAAUGAAACUAGUCUCUGACAUAAAGCAAUAUUUAAUUCUGAAUGAUUUUCCGUCUGUAAAUGACGCUAUAAUACAAAACGGCAAAUUAUUUAGGACUAAGCAAGUAGAAUGUGAUCAAAAACUGGCUUCCCUGAGGGACGACAUGGCUGCGGAUUUAUACGAUCUGGAAGAAGAAUAUUAUACUUCCAUAUACAAAUAACACUAGUUUAAGUUUAAGCUUAAUUUAAUGCUAGUCCUGUAAUAUAUUUAAGACUGUUUUCUAACCCGAAUCACAAAAUAUGACUCAUUCAUUCAACUUGUACAUUG